UUUCCUUCUGCGCCCUCCUCUUUUUUUGUCCAGUAGCCUCUGUUCGCCUUUUCUAUCUCGCCGCAGGCACCCUUUCCUGUCGGUUUCCUUCAGGUCGAUCGGGCCCUUCUGGGUUCGCAGCCGAACUAGUCGCGGAACCUUAAUCUGGGAACGGAUGAAAUGUGUUUCACGUUAUCAAGGCAGUUAGUUGCUAUUUUUGUAGGAUAUGCUAAACAUAAUCAAAACCUAUUCCUAUGUAUUAGGACAUACAAGUAAUUUUAAUAAAUUGGAAAAUAAAUAGCGACAAGCUGUACAAAUGAACUGAAGAGAUGAGCUGAAUGAUCGUGUUUAUUUUAUAUUGGAAAUGAGCGUCUGCUCAAAAUGUGAAGCUUCGCUGUUAAGUGCUGGAAGAAUGGAAACACUCUAGGGAAACACCUAACGGCUCCUUCAAACUGAAGACCUACCGACCAGCUCUGUGCUGGGCUAUCGCACUAGCAUAAGUGUGAAAGGCGGAGGAAAAACGAGAUCCGUAAGAAUUUGCGGCGAACUUACGAUUAGAUGGCCUACGAGAAUAUAAGGCAUAAAAUUUCAAGCUGAAGGAUCUCGUGCAUGUCGCUUGCUUUAACAUGGCGAUUUUCCGAUAACAGCGCACCAUAAAGCAACAUACAAAUAUGGGCGAGCCGAUACGCUCCAGUGUAAAGUCGCAGGUAGGCCGACUCGAGGCGCUUCCAAAUGGGAAGAAGACUUCAAAAGCCCAGCAGAAUAAUUUGUCUCCGAGCGUCUCUCUGAUUUCGCUUUUUCUUUGUGUAGGACUUGUCAAGGGAAUUGCCCCUGAUAUAGUCAAAGCGGACCAUGGUGUUUCGGGCGUAGAAUUUCCUCCUAUCGAGGAACUGUCAUCACCAACCGACGCUGUAAACAAGUUAACCAUCGCGUCACCCGAAACAUCGUAUCCGAAAGUUGUAAUUUUCACGAACCAGCUGUACCGUCUACGAUUAUUAGGUCUCAACAACCCAAUUCCAGGCGCAACCUUUUCACAUGUGGCUUCAGUUGUUGGCUAUCCGGAUUUGCCGAGGUGGACAUUUCUACGACCUCAUAAGGAAGACCUCCUCCUUUAUGGGAGUCAACCAAACAGCGGGCUUGUUAAUAUUCAGAUAAUCAGCACGGAUCAACAGACAUUUUAUGUCAACAUUCGUCAGCUACAGCUUCAGGUGGAACCGCGAGAAAUUGCUGCGCCGUAUGAAGUUGAGAUGAAGAUCAUUAGUCAUAAUGUUGAAGACGUAUUCGAAGAAGAUAUUUUACCUAAAUUUGAAGGCGUACUAAGGGAACUGUGGAGUACCAGUUCUGUCGUCUUCAUCUCUAAAUUAGCAUCGGUACUUGACGUCGGAGGUCGGAGGCCCCUUGAUCCCCGAGAUAAAGAGGGUUUUGUUCUCCGUGUAGCUGGAAGUGGAAACUUCUCUUCUGAGCUACGUACUCUUGAAUUAGAAGUGCGACAGUUGCGUAACCGAAUACCGUGUCCAAGGCAUUACAAGAGGACAUCUGCUGAAUGGCGUUUUCGCAAGAUUAACGUGCAAAUAGACUGGUGCGGAUUUCGACUUAUUACGAAUGUGGGAUCUCUCUCUCGAGGAAAUACCGGUGACGGACCCAGCGGGUUGCUGUCAGCUUUAGAUAAUAACAGCUUUCCGUCAACCCGCUCGAGUGAGGUAGCUGCUGCUGCAGCCGCCAGUAAUGUAGACGUUGAAGUUCAGUAUCCAUCUCCACCACGAUCUCACGAUGGAUUAGAUUCAGCUACACAGGACGGCAACGGCACUACGAAAGGUGAAUGGCACGGAACCGAAACAGCGGCACCAACUUUUGAAGGUCCAUCGCUUCAAGAUUUACCACGGAGGAGCUCAUUUGAAGACAUCGUUGUGUCAUUAGCUCUUCCGUUAGCUAUGUGUAUUAUACUCCUUGGGGGCCUCUCGGGCACUUCCAUAUGUCUUUACGCAAGUGACGAACCCUCUGGAAGCAAUACAACGACAACGAGUGGCAGACGAGGCAAUACAGAAGUGGAAGAUACGAGAGGUCCACGCUCCUCAUUUCGACCUGGAAAAAACUAAGUACUGAUGGACACCGAAAGGAAGUCAAAAUCUCGAAGCGAAAAACAACAUCAGGUUUCUUCAAUGCCAUAAAACUUUCCACGGACACACCACAGACGAAAGCUCAUAUCAUUAAAAAUUAACGAACCAUCGUCACCGUCUUAACGAAUAGCGGUAAUCGAUUCUCAUUCUGUGUGAGUAACUUUCAAUAUACUGGAUUUCGACAUUAUAAGCUAGACCUAGUUGUUCGCCUACAUACUUCAAAUGGAUCUCAAUUAUAAUAUGUUUCAGUGACCAAUCAGUCGACUAAGUAUAACAAUGUAAAUAUUCCCCUACUGCAUCUGAGCGUUCAUAACGAGGUAGUUGAUAUAUAGUGUGCCACAAACAGUGGAACUGAUUUCGAACAUCAAGUGAAAAUAAGAGCUGAAAAUGAAUAUGGCGUUUUGGUCAGAACUGUGAGAAUCCCAUCUGCUAUAUAUGACAGUGACCUGCCCGAGUUAUAAGCUGAGGCAAGCUAAUUACACAAAAAUAAACAGUUAUAUAAUUUAACUGUAUUUUCGUAUAUUCUAAAAUCAUAAGCGGUUUUGAUCUAGAAAUGUUCCAUAAAUAAGGCGAACGACAAGUUGCGAUACAGGUGUUUUAAUACACACAAGCGUUAAGAAAUAUUAUCAAACAGCAACGAACGUACCAAGAUUUGACGCUUAUUAAAAGUAUAAAUAAAAUAUACAUAAACGAUAUACACUGAGUGAUUGAUAACAGAUGACUGAGUGAUUAGGGCUAAGUAAAAAUCAUUAUCUGUCAACAUACGCUUAGUGUUUAUCCCACUUCAACGUAGGGGCAAUACGUUCUAGUCAAUGUAC